UCUGAGAAACGAAAGUAAGGCUUAGCUUUGUCUGUUCUUCGCAGUUGAGCAGUAUUGGCAGCCAUGGCCUCUGGAGAUCCUGUGAAGGAGCUCUGUGAGGAACUGUCCUGUCCCAUCUGCUUGGAGUAUUUCGCAGAGCCUGUGACCAUCUCCUGUGGGCACAACUUCUGCCAAUCAUGCCUGGAUCAAUGCUGGGAGGGGAAAGAGGCCUCCUGCCCACAAUGCAGAAAGAAAGUGCAGAAACGGGACAUCAGGCCAAACAGGCAGCUGGCAAACCUGGUGGGAAUAGCCAUGAAACUGGGGAGCCAGAAGGCAGAAGAGAAGGGGAGGGUCUGCCAGAGGCACCAGGAGCCCCUGAAGCUCUUCUGCAAGGACCAUGAAGCCCCCAUCUGUGUGGUGUGCGACAGGUCAAAGGAGCACAAAAACCACCAGGUGAUUCCUCUGGACGAGGCAUUGAAAGAGUACAAGGAUCAGAUUUGGAAUUUGCUGGAGCCUCUGAAGGAGGAAAGAGAGAAAAUCCUGGCCUACAAAGCGAAUACAGAAAAGGAAAUUGACGAUGUGCUUGAGAAAACCCAGCGAGAGAAGGAGAAGAUUGUGUCUGAAUUCAGACUCAUGCACCAGGUCCUAGAAGAACAAGAGAGGAAUCUGAUGGCAAAAAUGGAAGAGGUGGAGAAGGAGAUCAGUGCAAAAAAGGAGGGACAUCUCUCCAGACUCUCAGAAGAACUCUCCUCUCUCUCAAGUCUCAUCAAAGAUAUGGAGAAGAAGCACCAACAGCCAGCAAUUGAAUUCCUCCAGGAUAUUGGAAGCUUCUUCCAGGGGUAUCAGAAGAGGGAGAAAUGUGAGACUCCUGUGGUUUUUCCUCCUGCCCUGAAAUGGAAGAUCUGGGACUUCCAUGAUAUAAAUCCCUAUCUGGAGAGUAUCAUGAAGCAAUGCAGAGAGACUCUAGAAUCUGGACUGCAGCAGCAAAAAGCCCAUGUGACUCUGGAUCCAGACACAGCCCAUCCUCAGCUCAUCCUCUCUGAAGAUCGCAGACGUGUGACAUUUGGACAGAAACUGAAACGUCUUCCUGGCAAUCCUGAGAGAUUCAAGCUGUGUCUUUACGUGUUGGGCCAGGAGGGAUUCAGAGGAGGCAGGCAUUUUUGGGAAGUCCUUGUGGAGAAUGGGGAAAGAUGGUCUGUGGGAGUUGCCAGAAAGUCUGUGCAGAGAAAGGGCUCCAUUCCCGAUGGCCCUGAUGCUGGGAUCUGGCGAGUGGGAAAGUGGGGAAGUGUGUACAGAUUCUCCUCUGACAACGAUACAAACCUAUGUCUGAGCGAGGAGCCCAAGAGGAUCCGGGUGACUCUGAACUACGAAGGGGGUCGGGUGGCCUUUUACGACGCAGACUCAGCAGCCCUGAUCUAUGAAUACCCUUCAGCCUCUUUCUCAGGAGAGACCCUCCUCCCAUUCUUUUUUGUGGCCAGAAAUUCCCAACUGGAACUCUCUCCCUAAGGAUGGAGAACAAUGUCCAAAGACUCACACCAGCUGAGACACAAGAGGAGCUUUAUCACCAUAGAUCUGGGGUUGUUGCUUCUUUUUGUGAGACCUCUCUACUGACUGGGAGGCU